UUGGAACAAAAACAAAUGGCAAUUCUGCUGGGCCGGCAUCAAAUUUUCCUUGAUCUCGAAGGAGUGCCAAAAGCCGAGAAACUAAUUGAACUGAAUUCAAACACUCAUUUGCAUACAUACUUUCAUUCACUUGCUCGUGAACUUGACAUUAUGGAGCCAAAAACCCCUGAAGCAAUCUACAAAAGCCAUUUGGAACAAAGUCAUGCUUUGGAAUUCUAUAACGGAUUGAUGCUGCCAGUCGUUUUCGCAGAUCAGUGGCAACGAUGUCCAAUUAGAGACUACUCGGAAGAUUCAGCUAAAAAAAAAGUUGCUUGCCAUGGUGCUUGGCUUUAUAUGGCUGACGAAAUUGAGAAUGCGGUAAAAGUUGGCGCUCGUCAUUGCCGAUUGCAUUUAUGCAUGCUGGAAUCAAGCGAAUAUUAA